AUGAAAGGGCUCAGCAGCAUCCGAAGCCUUCACUGGGAGCAACAGUUUACAGACCGCAUGAUUAAAAAGCUCGAUGAUUCACAGAUUCCUUACUACUUACUCUACUGCGCACAGAGGUGGCUCCAGCUUGUUCUGGACCUCGUCAUAGCCGCACUGGCUAUGAUCGUAAUGAUACUCGCCGUCAGCCUACGGACAUCCACCAAUCCAGGCUCUCUAAGCCUUUCUCUCAACAACAUCCUAAGCUUUAAUGACAUUCUGUCUCUUUUGCUUCAGUACUGGACGCAGUUGGAGAUCUCACUGGGAUCAAUAGCCCGAAUUCGAGAGUUUACAACCCACACACCGGGAGAGGAGACACCGUCAAUCAGGGCCAAGGUCCCGCUCACAUGGCCAGAUCACGGCGGUAUCGAGCUUCACAACCUCAUUGCUGGUUACAGUGCGUCCAACAGAGAUCUGUACGAUUCAACGUGGAUCCCAAUGACGUUUCUGUGGUCUAUCCUGGAAAAGAAUGGCGGGCUAGACACGAUCGUCACUUCAGAGCUCCUGUCUCCAGGCGAAAAGCAACUAUUCAGUCUGGCUCGGGCAAUUUUACGCAAGGACAGUAGUCAAGAAAAGAAGAAACACAACGGCGGAAAAGGCGUGCUGCUCCUCGACGAGGUUACAGGUCAGCUGGACACCGUCACGGGGAAAGCUGUUUGGCGCGUGAUCAAGGAUGAGUUCUCUGGAUACACAGUUUUGAGCGCCGCAGGACCUCAUCGGCUUGACUCAAUUUUGGACAGUGAUCGCAUCGCUGUCAUGGAAGAUGGAAGGCUGGUUGACUUUGAUACUCCGGGCGCCCUUUUUGCGAGAGAUUCGGCGUUUAAGAAGUUAUAUGAGUCGAGUACGGGAGAAGAGCCGUGGGGUUAG